AUGUCGGAAGAAAGUGCAUCAACGAAUAAAAAGCCUCGAAAGCGUUUUGUGGGAAGGGCCGAGGCAAGGAAGAUAGAUAGUGAACAAGUUCAAAUCGGUAACAUCGAGGACAGUGUUGAUGUUAUCAAAGCAAAAUUACCGUCCAGAUCUUCAAAUCGGGUUGCGACGCAAGUUCCCGUAGAGAUUCUAAAUGAUCCUUUGCUGAAUAAAGCAAUUGAGCAGCUUCCAUCAAAUUACAAUUUUGAAAUUCACAAGACAGUAUGGCACAUUCAACGUUCUAACGCAAAGAAAGUUGCGUUACAAUUUCCAGAAGGUCUCCUUAUGUUUGCAUGCACAAUUUCCGACAUAUUAGAAAGAUACUGCAACGUUGAGACGCUCAUCAUGGGCGAUGUUACGUAUGGAGCGUGUUGCGUGGAUGAUUUCACCGCUGUUGCUUUGGGAUGUGAUUUCAUGGUUCAUUAUGGUCACAGUUGUUUAGUACCGGUAAACAUCACUACCAUCAAGACUAUGUAUGUAUUUGUGGACAUCAAGAUUGACAUCGAGCAUUUUUUGGACACGGUAAAAAUGAAUUUCGAGUGCGGAAAAAAGUUGACGAUCGUGGGCACGAUUCAGUUUGUUUCUUCCAUUCAGUCCGCACAAAAAUCCCUGGAGAGCGAUUAUUCUUUAAACGUUCCCCAAGCCAAACCGUUGUCACCCGGAGAGAUUCUGGGAUGCACCUCACCGAAAUUGGGCGAUCAGGAUGCUUUGAUUUAUCUCGGUGAUGGAAGAUUCCAUCUGGAAUCGAUAAUGAUCUCUAACCCCCAUGUUCCAGCAUUCCGUUACGACCCCUACUCAAAAAAAUUCACUCGUGAACGGUACGAUCACGUGGAUAUGCAUGCUUUACGAAAACACGCGAUCGACUUGGCCAAAAAGGCAAAAAAAUUUGGCUUGAUAUUGGGAACUUUGGGUAGACAAGGUAGCCCAAAGGUAUUGGAGUACCUCGAGGAGAAGAUCAAAUCUCGCGGAUUGGAUUACGUUCGAGUUCUACUUUCGGAAAUAUUUCCAGACAAAUUGAAGCAAUUUCAGGACAUUGACGCUUGGAUUCAAAUAGCAUGCCCGCGGCUAUCUAUUGAUUGGGGUUACGCUUUUCCAAAGCCACUGCUUACUCCGUACGAAGCGUCUGUCGCGUUAGACAUAACUGAAUGGCAGUCUACAUAUCCAAUGGACUUUUAUGCUAAUGACAGUUUAGGCCCAUGGACUCCUAAUCAUGGAAGGGGGAAGAUCAAGAAUUAG